AUGCGUCUGGCCGAGCUGCUGGGCGGCGCCCGCUUCCCCGUGGCCUGCGGCCUGGCCCCGAGCAUCGGGCACCUCGACGCGGAGGUGGACAACCACACGCUCGCGGAGCCCGAGCCCGAUGAGCUGAACGUCGGGCUGGCGAAGCCCGAGUCCGCGAGGCAGAGCCUGGGCUCCUCCCCAGAGGUGCGAGCGGUGAUUUCGGAGCUGUGGGACGUUUUUGUGAAGUCGGAGGACUGCUCCGUGAGCCCGGAGCAGUACAAGGGCUUCGUGAGGCGGAUCGUGCGCGUGCUCUUGCCAGGCCUCAAGGCCGACCAGGAGGAGACGGUGGCGGCGAACACGUGGCAGGAGGAUGCCAGAGGCUUGGACCGACUGACGUUUGCCCCGUUCUUCGAGGCCGUCAUCAGAUUCUCCAGUAAUUGGACGGAUUCUGACGAUCCCACGGCCAUUGCAGCGUUCAUCAAAGACCUCCUCCUGCGGAUCACCAAGGUCGAGGUGACGGUGACCGCAACUGGACAGGCCGUGCAGAAGGACAACGUGGUCCAGGUGGCAUUCCGUGGUGCCAAGGCCGGCGUCGCCUCCGACAGGCGCCCGUCGGACCCGGCGUUGACUCGCCUCCUCGACGUCCGCCAGAAGGGCACGCUCCCGAAGUUCCAGCUGAGCUUGGCCCUGGGCAGUGGUGCCUCCGGCCCCCAGCCCGACCUCUGCUGCUGGUGGGAGGAGAGGCGGCGCUCGACCCGGCGCUCGACGCCGGCUCCGCCGACGGAGCGCGGCGCGCCUGGGCCCCGCUCGACGAGGUGA